AUGGAGCAGUUGGAGAAACUUAAUCUCAACCACAACAAGCUACAUGGUUCAAUACCUGAACAAUUGGAGAAACUCAAUUUUCAUAAUUUCUGGCAGGAUAUGGACUUCUCCUACAAUGAUCUAGAAGGUGUUGUUCCGGACAAAAUAGCUUAUGAAUCUCUACAUGGAGUACUGUGGAUGAAUAACAAAGGUUUUGUGCAAGCAAAGUCCAUAAACUCCAUCACUGAUACAAGAACACCAAAAAAUGGAGAUUUAUUUUCCAUAUGGAAUUUUGACGGGACGAUUGCAUAUAGCGACAUUGUGGAAGCAACAGAAGAAUUUGACAUCAAAUAUUGCAUUGGCACUGGAAGUUGUGGGAGUGUUUACGUCAAAAUGUUACCUACAGGGAAAGUAGUAGCUGUGAAAAAGUUUCAUCGUCGGGAAAUUGAAGAAAAAAUCUAUGAGAAGAGUUUCAGAAAUGAGAUACACGUAUUAACAACAAUCCGGAAUCGGAACAUUGUGAAACUUUAUGGGUUUUGUUCCCAUCAAAUGAGCAUUUUUUCAGUUUAUGAAUACAUAGAUGGCGGAAGCUUAGCCUAUGUAUUUGAAAAUGAAACUGAAGCUGUGGAAUUGGACUGGAGUAAACGUUUAAAUGUCAUCAAAGGGGUCGCUCAAGCUUUGUCUUACUUGCAUCAUGAUUGUGUGCCACCAAUAAUUCAGCGGGACAUAUCGAGCAACAAUAUAUUAUUGGAUGAAGAUUUCGAACCUCAUGUCUCUGACUUUGGAGCUGCUAAAUUUCUAAAUCCCAAUUCGUCCAACCGCACUACAUGUGUAGGCACAUAUGGAUAUAUCACUCCAGCAAAAGAAAUUCAGGUUUCUUUUGGUUGCAAGAGAUACUUGUUUCUUCACCAGAGAAAGAAAUAA